AUGUCAAGAUUAUUGGCUAAAGAGCACAUAGACUCUCAAUACGUCUUUAAUAUGAUUCAGUGCUACUCAGAUAGAUACUUAAUCAUAGACGUUAGGGACCAAAGCGACUUCAAUAGCAUGCAUCUGGCUAGGUCUAUCAAUAUUCCAUAUAGGUCCAGGUUUUCAGACUCACCAAACAUAAAUGAGCUGAAAGCCAACGUGAUAGGAGAUGCAAGCCUUUUUGACCGUAGAAGACGAUUUAUGAUAUUUAUUGUAUAUAGCCCACCUUCUAUCGUAUUUUCGAGAGAAGUCGAUUAUUCUUAAUUUUAAUGAAUUUAUAGAUAUUUUCUAUAUAAAUAAUGAUUUUAAAUUUAAAUUAAUACAGGAUAUAUACUAAAAAAAGACAAAUGCCGAGAAGUUUACAUUCUCAAUGAGCCUUUUUCAAGCUUUGCUGAGAAAUUCCCAUUCAUGUGUGAAGCUGUGAAUAUCCCAUCAGUCAUGCCAAGGCAUGGGUACCCAAGUGAAAUUAUUUCCAAUAAACUUUAUUUACUCCCCCUCCAUCCUUGAUCGAACGGCUCGCUAUCGUUCGAUUAAGGAUGGGGAUUAAAAAAAUGUUUUAAGAAAACAAUUUUAUAUAUAAAAUGAAAAAAAAUAUUUGUUUUAUAUAAUUUUAAAUAAGAGGGUUAAGAGUAUUUAAUAAAUUAUUUUUACAGCAAAAAAUUGAAUUAAUUUUAUAAAAAUACCAAUUUUUAAUAUUUUGAUUUUUUGAUUACCCCUUUAAACUGUAUAAAUUUUAAAGAAUCUCUAUUUUUUAGAUUAUUGAGUUUUUAAGCCCAGGUUGAUGGCUAAAGCACUUCAGAUGGUUGAUUGCGUAGCUUCCUGUCGUCUUAAAGCAUCUGAAAACAACUUCAUUGGCACACUUCCCAAGCUUUUGAUAACUAAUAUAUAUAAGUAUAUAAAUUUGCAUGAUAUGAAAAUCGUUCGAUCAAGGAUGGGGUUAAUUUUUCCAAUUUUUAAAAAUUUUUACAGUGAAUCGUUCGAUCAAGGAUGGGGGAGUUAGGAGAUUUUCACCACGCAGAAGAACCGCUUGUUCUUCAGAAUUUAAAAAUCACACACAUUUUGAAUGCGACGAAUGGGUUUGAUUAUAAGUUUGAGUCCAGAGGAGUUGUUUAUUUAAGAUUAGGGGUAGAAGACUUAGAAACAGAAAACAUAAGCCGACACUUUCAGAUGGCGUUCGAAUUUAUUGACCAUGUGAUGUCUAGUGACAAAUUUCGAGUACUCGUACACUGUGCACAAGGUGUAAGCAGGUCAGCCACUUUUGUAAUUAUGUAUAUCAUGAAAUCAAUGGGGGUAAGCUAUGAAGAGGCUUUUAGUUUUGUAAAAAGACAUAGAGAAAUCAUAAAGCCGAAUGAAGGGUUUGCCUGUCAGUUGAGAUCAUUUGCAGAUGUGACUGAGGAAGCUGGAUGUAUGAUAGUGAAAAAUUGUCAAAAAGAUGUCACUAUAGAUUAA